AUGGGUCGCGAGUUGCAAAAGAAGAAGCGCCGCUCCAACAGGCAGCCCGUCAGGCAAUCCAACAGGACCAAGAAAAUCCUCAACCCGCGCGGCAACAGCGUCAUAGCCCAAAACUGGGACAAGAAGGCGACGCUGGCGCAAAACUACCAGCGACUCGGCCUGCUGGCCCGCCUGAAGGCCCCCACGGGAGGCACGGAGAAGAAGCUGGGCGCCCGGCUCGGCGCGUCCAAGGACGACCCGUUCGCCAUCGCCUCGGUGGGCAGGGCCGUCGUGUCCGAGGCCAAGGUGGAGCGCGACGCCGACGGCCGCAUCGUGCGCAUCCUGGGCACGGCCGACGCGAAGCCGAACCCGCUGGGCGAUCCGCUCAACGGCCCGGACUCGGGGUCCGACAGCGGCGACGAAUGGGGCGGCAUCGCCGAGAGGGAGGCGCGCGAGGACGACGGCACCACCGACGUGGUCAAGGCGCUGAUUGAGGAGUCGCACAACCCGGCGCCGAGGGUGGCGCGGCACCAGAGCGACGCGGAGAGGGAGUGGCUGGGCAGGCUGGUGGCCAAGCAUGGCAGCGACACGGGGGCCAUGGCGAGGGAUCUCAAGCUGAAUCCGAUGCAGCAGACUGCCAGGGACAUUGCGAGGAGGCUCAGGAAAUUGCAGGGCGCGUGA